AUGCACCUGCUUUUGGAACAGAGAGCAAGUGCUGAGUCCGUUCUGCAGACGUCCAAAGUCGUGACUGUGUUGACUGCAGCUGCUCUUCUCUAUACCCGCUCUGCAGGAGUCGCUUUUUUUGUGACCGGCGCAUUGUUGUGUUCAAAACUUACUAAGGUUAUCAAGAAAGCAAUACGACAAGAGCGCCCAUCACAGUUCUCUGGGCGUAAAGUGUCAUAUGGGAUGCCUAGCUCACAUGCAUCCACAUGCACCUUCUUCGCUGUAUAUAUUACCUUUGCUUGCCUUGAGCUACCUAUCCACUCUGCCUUCCCUCGUUUCGCCAUGUUCGCCCCAGUGGUUGUCUUACCAUGGACAUGCAUGAUAGCUAUGUCCAGGGUCCGGCUGGGCCAUCACACGUGGCCACAGAUUGCGGCAGGAGCUUUACUUGGAGUCUGCUGUGCCAGUCUUUGGUUCAAACUAUGGGUGGAUGAUGUGGGUGGGAUCAUGACAAUUUUAUCAUCAGCGAAUGUCGAGUUCACUGUUGUCUCACUUAUCUCACUUUUUUGGGUAAAUUAAGCGCAGCAUAUCUCCGAUCUUUAUUUGCAAGUUGAGCGGAUCCCUCUACUUGUCUCGCACUUUUCUCGUUUUCAAUAACUGUUGAUUCAAAAAAGUAACAUUCCAUUUUGAAUUCAUUUGCACCCCACCAGCCUUCCGACAGCUCCCAGUUUCUAGGCUGAUAGGUAGCACCCAGCUGAGCGGGCGGGGCAAUUUUGACAUAGACGACACACUACGCUACGCCUGUUCGAUGUUCACUAGCAAAAGGAGGAGUGGACUAAAUCCAUCCGGCUAGUAUAGGUAUCUUGGGAAGACAACCUAUUGCGAGCGGCUGAGAUGAG